AUGGAAGUCUCAACCUUGCUCAGUCAAAUAAAAUCAACAGGCAAAUCCCUCAAAAACAACGAACCAGGCUCUAGGGAAGCGCUGAUCGCGCAAAGUCGCGCUCUUACAGCAGCUCUGGAGAUUCCAAGUGAGUUCAUCCAACGAACUCUCUGGGCAGAGCCAGCCCAAUCAGCAAUCCUGCGCCUAGCAGCUGAUAUGAAGCUUUUUCAGCAUCUCAAAGAUGCACAGAAUGGCUCAGACCUCUCAAUGCUAGGUGUGGAGCUCGACAUGAUACAGAGACUCGCACGUCACCUGGUCGCGAUGAACGUCCUUACUUUCUAUGAAGGGUUGUUUCAUAGUACGACUCUAAGCGACGCGCUGGCCGAGGAGAAAUAUGAGCGGAGUAUCUUGUUCUGCUGCAAUGUUGCACGCGCCCCAAUCAAUCAAAUUUCGCAAAUAUUCAAUACAAAAAGAGAGAGCGAUGGUGAAAAGAAGGGACUCUUCCAGAUUGCACACGGUACCGAGUUAUCUGCCUUUCAAUGGUUUGCUGCUACACCGCCAUAUAUGGACUACUUCAAUUCUUUUAUGGCCGCCUAUCGGGCUGGUAAGAGGUAUUGGUUUGAAGAGGGCUUCUAUCCCGUUGCUGAAAAUUUGCUUUCUGGGUUCCAGGAUGGGGUGCUGCUUGUUGAUGUGGGUGGUGGGCGUGGUCAUGAUCUUGAAGCAUUUUUGAAGGUUUAUGGAGGCAGGGUGAUUCUUCAAGACCAGCCAGGCGUUAUUGCUGACAUUUCCGCCCAUCAAAAGUUCGAAGCUCAAGCUCAUGACUUUUUCAUGCCCCAGCCUGUUGUCGGUGCAAGAGCUUAUUAUUUGCACUCAGUUUUGCAUAACUGGAGUGAUGAUGAAAGUGUAGAGAUUUUGAAAAAUCUCAUCCCUGCGCUCAAAGAAGGAUACUCGAAAGUUUUGAUCAAUGAGAUUGUGGCUGAUGAGGAGAGGCCAGUUCUGGCUGCGACGAGUAUGGAUAUGAUGAUGCUAGCGUUCUUUGGUGUCAAGGAGAGGACGAAAAGCCACUGGAAUUAUAUCAUAGAAAGAGCUGGGUUGAGGAUUGUGGGGAUUUAUGCUUAUCCUGGAGUUGCAGAGAGUCUGAUUGAGGUUGAGUUGGCUUAG